AUUCACUAUACCUGGUCUCCCACAGUACACACAACAUGGAAAUGCAAUUAUUUUAGUAAAUAUAAAUUGCUAAAUACCUUUUGUCAUCAGCAGCCUUCUAAGCACUGGUUAAAGCUUGUAGGAGGAGUUUUCAUUUUGCUGUACUGUCCUAUGAGCUGCAUGACCCCUGAUCCUCUGUCUGGACAGUGCUGAUUGGCCCUGUGCUGAUCACAUGCACCCUCCCAAAGAAAAAAAAACUCUAGCAAUACACACUAAACUGAUCAUGCGCAGAGUGACUCUUACAGCUCUUUACUAUCAGGAGAUGGACUGGGGACAGUAGAAGAAGGGGCGAAUCAGAGAAGACAGGAUCAAACAGCCUUUUUACACAAUGAGGAGGAUUAACCCCUUGGAUUCCACAGUGAGUAUAACAAGCAUGCUUUGUUUGUUAGACUGAUUUUUGCUGAUGUGGGCUUAG